AUGGCCGGGGGAGAGGAGGGCUGCACGGCGCCCGAGCGGGAGACGGAGCCCGAAGCGGCGUGUGCCGGGGGCCUCUCCGAAGGCGGCGAAGCAAAGGCCAAAAAGAGCCGCUGCUCCCGCUCCUCCCGGGCCGGGCUGCUCUUCCCGGUGAGCCGCGUAGACAGGCAGCUGCGCAGAGGCCGCUUUGCGGAGCGCUUGGGAGCCAGGGCCCCCGUCUACCUGGCUGCGGUGCUGCAGUGGGUGACGCACAAGACCAUGGACGCGGCCGGCAAGAUUUCCAAGAAGAGCAAGCAGCAGCGCAUUUCGCCGUCGCACUUGCAGGCGGCGGCGCGAAAGAGCUCUCUGCUCAAGCAGCUCCUGCGAGGCGGCGUGCCCAGGCGCGGCCGCAGGGCUGUCCCCCGAAGCCGGCGUGUGGCCUCGCCGCCCAAAAAGGAGACGACCAGGAGCAAGAAGAGAGGCCCCAGGCCAAGGGCCGCUGCUGCUGGCGAGUGA